AGAGAGAGAGACACAAACACACACACACACACCUGUAGAGCAUUAAUAUGACUCAGGCCCUUAUAACUAGAGAUGAUACACACCCUCGUUCUUUCACAACAUAAUCUUGUGUCUGAGGAAACACAGUAGCUUACUGGUUGACCUGCGUCUCAGGUAUCAGUACACCUUCACAGAGACAGACGGAGGAAGGAAUCCCAACGCUAACACACCUACCGACCUGACUGACUGACACUGCUAAAACCUUAAUCAGAUCAGUGAUAUCUGUUUCCAGUUGACCCCAUGACAGUCAUUGUCUCGUCAUCAUGAGAUCACACCACCUCUUCCUCCUGAUCUACCUCACAGCUCUCUGCUGCUACUGGGGAACAUCAGAUGCACAACGAAAUGAGACCUGCCAUACACAAGAACUGUGUACUCAGGCUGGUGAUCCUACCUCUAACUUCCUCCAGUGUGUGGGUCUGCCAGCUACAGACACAGGGAGAGACCACCUGCAGAACCUGAAGGACACCAUCGAUGCUGCCCUGGAUGUCUACUCCUUCAUGAGAUCCAGUCUAUCCCAGACCCCAGUGUUAGGACUAGAGCUGGGUAUCAGUGUGAACCCAGAGGCAGAAGCCUACCAAGAUGAGGACCUGAUAAAGGUGUGGAUGGAGGUGAAGCUGAAACCACUCCUCUCCAGCAUCUCCAGAGGGUUCCUAACCUGCCUCAGCAACAAGAACUUCAGCUGCAACACCUACCAGACCAUGGUGGAGGAGUUGAGUGAUCAUUUCUCAGAGAUGGAUCCGGUCAGACAGAGGUGGAUCUAUAUGUUCUUCAUGUACCCUUUCCUGUCUGGGGAGAGAGCAGCUGGAGGUGCUACACCUGUUAACUCUGGAGCAGAAGGCAGAGUUGUUGUUGCAUCCGGAGGUGGAGGGACUGGAGAAUGGAACCCUGAGUCUGGUGUUCCACACCCUGAUGACAGAGGUCCAUCCCCCCAUGGAGAACUCCACCUGGACCACACCAGGGUACCCCAACCCCAUCUACCCCCCAUCCUACACCCCCGCGUACCCACCCAGACCCACGUCGGAUGAACAAUACCCACCCCGACCCCCCUCACCCCAGGAGAGCCUUCGAGAGGUGGUGAACGGGUUCAUGGGGGUCUUCAGGCCUUUCGGAAGCUUCGUCAGGGAGUUUGUGUCGCUCACGCACAAAAAGCCCCUGUCUGAGAUCAGGAGCACCACUCUAACUCAGGUUGUGUUGAACUGGACUCUGGCCGAGCUGGCCGGGAACUACAGGUCCCAGGAAGACGAGCCAGAAGACUGGAUGGAAGACAUAUUGGACGUAGAGGACUGGUAUGACCAUGUAGUGGUGCCUGUUCUCCGCCGUGUCCUGCCUCACGACCAGACGCAC